UUUACCUUUUUUUCCCGAUUUCCAUUUAUUUACUACCGCUAUGAAAGAAACCCUCACCAAUGCCAACUUCCCUCGCGAUGCCCAAGGCCGUGUGUACCAUUUGUCCCUGAAGGAAGGUGAAGUUGCUAACCGUAUUCUGACCGUGGGUGACCACGUUCGUGCUCGUGCCAUUGCCAGACACCUCGACACUGAAGAGGAAUGUGGUCACAAGAUCUUUGAAAAUGUCAGUCAGCGUGGAUUCACCACUAUCACCGGUCGUUACAAGGGCGUCCCUGUUACUAUUCUUGCCAUUGGUAUGGGUAACCCUAUGAUGGAUUUCUUUGUGCGUGAAGUGCGUGCCGUUACCAAGGGUCCCAUUGCUAUUAUCCGAUUUGGUUCCUGCGGUUCUUUGAAUGUCAAUGCUCCUCCCGGUUCCGUGGUGGUUCCUUAUGGCGGUUACUGUAUUCGUCGCAACUUGGAUUACUUUGCCGAGGAAAAGGUGACUCCGCAACUGGACAAGCCCUACCUUAUUUCCGGUGUGUUUAAGGCGGAUGCCGAAAUGACGGCGACCCUUGAACGUACCAUGAAGGAAGCUUUGGCUCCCGUCACCGCCAAGAACGAUAUGGUCGGACCAGUGGUGGCUGGUGGUCUCAAUGCUGACGGCUGCUCGUUCUACUCUUCCCAAGGUCGUUUGGAUCCCACCUUCUGGGAUGAUAACGAGGAAGUGAUUCAGGAUGCCCUCAGUGUUCAUCCCACCACCAACUCGCUCGAAAUGGAGACAUCUAUGCUGUUCCAUCUUGCUCACUGUGUUAAAGAUACCGACCGACCUAUCCGCGCCGCUGGUUGCAUGCAGGUCUUUGCUGAUCGUGUGAACAACGGAUUCAUCUCGCCUGACGUUGUGGGUCUGUUGGAACCUGUGGCCGGUCGAGCCGUGCUUGAAGCGUUGAUCCAAACCAAGAUUGAGGAAGUAGAUGAGAAGGGUACUGUUUGGGAACGCAAGUAGAUUACACGGAUGUACAAAAACGUAGAUUUUUCUGUGUCUGUGUGCUCUGGAAGUCACAGCUCUGUAAUAUGCUUUUUAUUUGUUCAUUUUUAUCUUUGGAAAUGCUCCCCUACUUUUGUAAAUUAAUUCAAAUAUAUCUUUGUUUUGGUAUCGUUCAAUCACGGUCUUCAGUUGCCUGUUUGUCGUUUUUUUUUCUCACACCAUGGAACUAAG